CAUCGACGAUCUCAGUUUGUUUUCAACAUGCGUGCGCUUCAGUACCUCCUCCUGCUGCUCGUCAUUUCCAUUGGAUUUGCUGCCGCGCUUCCUCGCCAGCGUCGUCAAAUCGAUCUCACGGUCUCCGCGGAGCACGACGAUAAGGAUGAUGAGACGGAACUGGCCCUAGAGGCCAUCGCCGGACUCUGGAGCAGCGCGGACAGCCGGACGAAGAUCGAUGGAUCCGCCAGCCUGGUGCAUCGCACCCAGGGAAUGCAAUCGGGUACGGGCAGCACCAAAUACCAGGCACGCUUCCAUCUCCACCAUGACUAUAAGACCAAUGCGUAUCCCUCGUAAUCCAAGGUUCGGAGCAGGACUUUCGCCUGGGAGUGCGUGUUACAUUCGACAUAUAGGUCCCGGGAGCUCCAGACAGACAUCGGCA